AUGAGCACUCACGCCACCACCACCAUGGUGGAAGGAAAAGCACAGCCAUACACUUUCGACCUGGGUCACCUGCUCUGCAACGAUCCCAACCCGCUUGCUCCGCUGCCCGAAGAGAGCAAGGAAGCCGUUCUUGCAGCGACCGCCCGCGACUGUGCUCAAGCACUCAUCAACCAACUCCUCACCGUGUGCCCCAUCUCGCGUGCACCAGACGAUGGUAAUCUCCAACUGACGGUCCCGCCCCCGGACACUCAGCUGCCGCGCGAGAAGCCGGUGCCAAAGGAAAAGGAGAAGACCAGGUGGGCCAAGUUUGCGGAGAAGAAGGGCAUCAAGGCAAAGCGCAAGGAUGGCAAGCUGGUGUAUGAUGAAGCAAAGGGUGAUUGGGUGCCGAAGUAUGGGUACAAGGGGAAGAAGACGGACGCCGGUGACAAUUGGUUGGUCGAGGUUGACGAGAAGGCGGAGCGAGAGCGGAAUGAUGUGGCGGACGGAGCACGCAAGAAGGCGAAGAAGCAGCGGUGA